GACUGCACACAUACAAAAUAGUCCUGCUCACAUGCACGUACACACACUGGCUGCACAUGCAUCGAGUGGAACAGAUCCACAGUGCUGCACAGUAGUGAACCAGCGGUGUGUGAUUGAGAGAGAGGUGGGGUGGGGGGGGGAGGUGGAGAAAGCAAGAGACAGAGAGAGGGAGAGAGCAUUUACUCUCCCUCUCACCAACUGAAGGGAAGCACCAGUGUGGAGAAGUUGCAUGAAGCGAGUGGUUCCAACUGAGGACUUUCUUAUCAGACCAUGGAAGCCAAGAAGUGGAGGUAGAAGGACAAGAAGAGAAGAAGAAAAAAGUCCCUGCUGGCUGAACAGGAGACCAGAGUUUCAUCUGAGGGAUUACUGGACAUUUUAUAUAUGAGCUCCUGUCAUGGUGAUAUCCCACCUGAUCGUCUCUUGUUGACAGGAGCCCCUCUGUUUCUUGGAUUUCCUGGGGAUCAAAGUUUGUUUUCAGAGCAGAGUGUGUGAAUGAAGUGUGUGGAAGCAGGAAACAUGUCAAACAGACGUUUCAGUCACCUGUUGAAGGGAGUCUGGCUGCUGUGGCUGUGGCAAGCUGUGUUUGUGGCUGGGACUGGGAGUAAACUAUGGGAGGUGCCCACAGCCUCCCUCACUUCCUCCUCCAACCUCAGCGAGAGCCUGCAGUGGGAGCCCCACUGUCAGUACCGCCACCUACAGGACAGAGUGAGAAUCACAGCAGACAUCCCCCCAAGACUGGACAGCACGUGGGUGUCAACGAGAUGUGAAGUUCGGCCCGGUCCAGAGUUCCUCACCCGCUCCUACACCUUUCAUCCCAGCCGUCACUUCCAUGCCCUGCAGCACUACUACACUGACAGCAGCUGUGAGGACCCGGCCUACUCCCUGAUGAUCAGGGGGAAGCUUCGUCUGCGCCAGGCCUCCUGGAUCACCCGUGGAGGCACCGAAGCCGAACACCACCUCAGCAAGGUGGGCAUUGUGGUCCACAGCCUGGCAGCCAAGCAGCGGCUGGUUUCAAGGCUGCCUCAGACCUGCGUGGGACUGACCUUGGGUCGAGCGGUGCCAGGGAAGCUGUAUGAGUUGUACAACACCCGUGCAGGGAGGGGAUGUCUGGCAGCACUGGGUUUCUCCAUGAUGGAGAUGGGUCUGAUUCGGGUGGAGACACAGCACCACAGCCAUGGAGGGAAGAUCCAGGAGCUGUUUUUAGGGGAUAUCCACACUGACUGGACUCAGAGAACUCAAUACAGACCGACAGGGUACCAGCAGCCACUGCAGAAUGCCAUGCAUCACAUCCACCCCUGCCCUGUGUGCGCACUGGUGUACCGCUCCUCUGAGCAGCGCCCCCCGGUGUUGCCCCGCAGCCCUGCGGCCCCUCUGUCUCUGGCUGGCCGCUGGGUCAGCAAGAGCUGUGAAACCCGUCCCACUGUCCUCUUCCUCACCCGAGACUUCACCUUUGACCCCGACCAGCACGCAUGGGAGGGCAUCUACCGGCACUACUCUGACCCCGCCUGCUCUCAGCCCACAUUUACCCUGAGAGCCUCAGGCCACUACGCUCAGGGAAACCCCUCCGCCAAAGUCUCGGGGGCCACUGAAUUUGUCUUUAAGGUGAUCCAGGUGAAAAUCACAGCCAUGGAGGAGCCCACAGCAAAGCUGCUGAAUGGGACGAGGCCGGGAAAGUGUGGUCGGGGUGGAGGGUGGGAGGUCGGGGUGGAGCGGGACUUGACCCCCACAGACGGGUGCACUGUGCUGGGCAUCAAGCUGCCACACAAGGAGUACGAGCUCUUCAAGACUGAGCUGGACCAUAGGAAACACCCACUGCUGCUCAUCGGAGAGAGGCCGAGUGAUGGGUCCAGUCCUGACCGACCACAGAGGAGGCCCACUUCCUUUCAAGCUCCGAUGGUGCUUUGCAGUGGGGGCGAGACACAGCCCUCACAUCGCUAUGGAUCAGGUUCCAACAGCAAGCAAAUCCAGUUAGAAGCCAAUGGGACAGAGAGACUGGCACAGCUGGUGUUACUGGUGUUUGGAUCUGCGCUGUGCAGCUUGUUCUGCAUUUAUUAGAGACACUGUUCACAAAUCAAGCCACACACAAAUCAACUUACACAGCUGAAGUCAUUGACAGACAUUGUUUUCUGGCAGCUUUCCUCCAUUCUUCCUCCAUACGAUGAUGACCACAUGUGUGAUGGUCAAGAAAAUCAUGAGACAUUCAGCAGAGCUCAGUAACUUUUCAAUAUCUGGCUUUCGGAUGCUGCCUGUAGGUUCACUUUAAUGACUCUUAACUUCAGCUGCAUUUCUACCUAAAACUAAUCUGUAUAUAAACCACCAGCAUAUACAAGUGCCAUCAUUUCAGUAUGUAAAAAAUAUAUUCUCUUAAACCAUGUUCCUUGUGUAUAAUGAUCAAAUAGAUGUUUUCACUUCACAGGUCAAUUCUUUUUUUCACAUAUCUGGGUAAAUACUGAUUUCCUGUAAUAUUACAAAGCAAGAUACCAGUGCGGAAAUGUGGAUCACUUAUAUCCACAUCAAAAUGAAAGCCAUGGACAUUCCAGUGGACUCACCAAGAUGCAGUAUAUCUAAUGCACUUUGUACAGAACAUUUUUUUAAUCAACAUACUGGAAAGAAAAGAAUCCAGAAAGUAGAACAUGUGUUGUCUGCACUCUCAACAGUUACAAUGUUCAUUGGUCUAAUGCCACUGUGGUGUGAAAUGUUGCUUUAUCUCUGUCCUCUCUCAAAGCAAGUGCAUUAGGCUGCUUUGCUUUCAGCAGUCAGUCUAGACAAAUCAGAAGAAUAUUUAUUUUAACCAUUUAUACUGUACUUUUUGAUAAAAAAAAAAGAUGAUGUCAGUCUAAUAUUUUACUUAGUUUCACCAUUUAAAAAGUGAUUAUUUUCUAUGUGUAUUAAAAAUGGCUUUUCAUAA